GUCACAGUUAGGCACAGUGCCGAUUUGUAUGAUUUGUAAGAAUUCGUAAUUUUCUAAGUUAACCAAAUAUAGGAAGACAGUAUCAAUUAAAUAUAUACAAUGUUACGAUAAUUUAACAUUUAUCAAACAAUAUAAUUCAUAUUGUAUUGUGUAUCAGCGAUAUCAGCAGCCUAGACAAAGCAAGAAUGUGUAUUCUGUUUUCUUACUGUGGUGACAAUGUUGCGGAGAGUGACUACCAGCUGAUUGUAGCAGAGAACCGAGACGAGUAUUACAAUCGAUCAGCACUUAACAUGUCCAUAUGGAAUGACUCAAAUGUUGUAGCAGGUCGGGAUUUGGGAGCCCCUGAUGGAGACGGGACAUGGCUGGCGGUAUCUCCUCAAAAAAGGAAGCUUGGAGUGCUCCUUAAUUUGCCAUACAGUGAGAGGGCAGAUGCAAAAAGUAGAGGCAGAUUAGUUACAGAUUAUGUGCAAAGUGAUCUGUCUAUUGAAGAGUAUGUUAAGACAAAAGAAAGUUAUGUUAAAGAAACAAAUGAAUUUGUUUUAGUUACUUAUGACUUUAGUAAUAAUACCAAAGUUAACACAUAUACCAACUCCACAAAUGAACUUCGUACCUGGGAGGAGACAUGCCAGGGCUUCUCAAACAGUUUACCAGAGAAGCCCCUGUCAAAAGCUGUAGCUGGCAGGAGCGCCCUUUAUGAUAUAUGCAGCAGACUCAAUAAGGUCUCUAUGAAGCAACAGUUGAUAGAGGAGUUGCUUACAUUAUUAAAAUCAAAGGAACAGCAUUUACCUGACCAAGAACUGGAAAAUAGAACUCCAAUGUACCAAAAAUUAAGUUCAAUAUUUGUAACUAUACCAGAGGGCAGGUAUGGGACAAGGACACAUACAAUAAUACUUCUAACAAAGACAGGGCAUUUAGAAAUCAUUGAGGUAAGCUUGCAGAGCCCAGUCAAGCUAGAAAAUCCAAAUUGGAAGAGAACAGAAUUCCAGAUUGAUUUAUAACCAAAAUAAUAUUCCAGCUACUUGUUAAAUAAAAUGUAUCAAUUGUUAUUUUGUGAAAUAAAUUGUUUUAUAUCCUAA